UAGGGCAAGGUCGGUCCGCCCCCUACACACACAAACGCACAUACACGAGAGGCUUGUAAAGCCACGACGACCUCUCGCACUAACAGUACCCUGGUGUCUGCCGGAGAGAAGGGAGUGCGUCUUUUGCCGCUAACAAUAACGACCACUGACGAAGAUGGUGACUGCCAAGGUUUGGGUUCUGGCUAAGAGGCCGCUCGGAGAACCGACUCUCGAGGACUUCAAGCUGCAGGAGGAGAAGCUGCCGGCGUGCGGGGAAGGAGAUGUGAUCAUCGAAGCCGAGUGCUUGAGCGUCGACCCUUACAUGCGGUAUCGGGCACGAAUGAUUCCCGUGGGAAGCGUUAUGGUCGGAGGACAAGUGGCCCGGGUGAUCGAGAGCAAGAACCCGCAGUGGAAGGUCGGGUCCUACAUGAUGUGCUACACCGGCUGGCGCUCCCACACCCACAUCCCGGCGGAAGAGCUGAAGAAGAUCGGCUUCACCUACUCCCCUUUGCCUGACCUGAGUGGCAUGUCGAAGACCCUAGGUCUUGGAGUCAUUGGAAUGCCUGGAAACACCGCCUACUUCGGCUUCCUCGAACUCUGCAACCCGAAAGAGGGAGAGACCGUGCUGGUGAACGCUGCUGCCGGAGCUGUCGGGAGCGCGGUGGUCCAGAUUGCCAAAAUUAAAGGCUGCAGGGUGAUCGCGUCCGCCGGCUCGGAGGACAAGUGCGCCUGGGUCAAGGAGCUCGGGGCCGACCACGUCUUCAACUACAAGACCGCCAAUAUCGACGAGGAGCUGAAGAAGGCGGCGCCGGAGGGAAUCCACUGCUAUUUCGACAAUGUGGGCGGCGAUUUCACUCUCCACGCCCUCCGGCACAUGGCUGUCCACGCCCGCAUUUCGGUCUGUGGCGCCAUCUCCACUUACAACAACGAGAGCAAAGACCAAGGAAAAUUGAUUGCUAAUAGUCCAUACGACACUUCUCUCUUGAUCACCAGACAACUACGUAUUGAAGGGUUCCUGGUUAACCGCUGGCUAAACCGCUGGUUGGAGGGACUCACGCAGAUGAAGCAGUGGGUGCAGGAGGGCAAGUUGAAAUACAAAGAGACGGUCACACAAGGCUUCGAGAACAUGCCCAAGGCUUUCAUCGGGCUGUUCCAUGGAGAGAACAUCGGAAAGGCUGUUGUUAUUGUAUGAAAGAAAAAAAUUGGCAAAAUCGAAGAGACACGGUUGGUAUUCUGUGAAAGCUAACUGAUAUCGAAAAAAUGCCGUCAUAAUAUAAAGAAAUGAGUACACUUUGUAGAAUCUGCUAUGACGUAAAAGUUAAUAAACAUCGGGGAAAAAACUUUUGACUCUGUAUGAACAAAAGUUAAUUGACAACACCGGAGGAUCUGUUGUACUUGGUGAAAAAACUCAGGGCAUUGGGAAAGCUGCUAUCAUUGUGUAAAAAUUAAUUAACAACACUAGGAAUCAGUCAUUGUGAAAAAUCAGUAGCUUGUUUAUGCUUGAAUAACUUUUUAUUUUUGUAUCAUAUAACGAUGGUCUAUUGAUUUUUUUUUUGCUAUUUAUUAGAAUAUAUUUUUUAAAGAGCACACAGA